UACAGCCAUAACAUUUUCCCCUGCACCCCUCCUUCCCUUGUGCGUUUAGCUUGUGUCGGGUUGCCAUGGUCGCUGAGGCAGGCACUCCAACGCUGGGGCUACUGUCUCACGGCAAAUCACCGGCGAGCGUGCGGGAUCCUGAACGUGGUCUCAACGAGGAGUGCGAAGAUGGUUGGUGUUGGAGUAAUUUUGUUCUUGCCUACAAGACACUGGGGGUGGUGUUUGGUGGCCUAGUAACAUCUCCUCUCUAUGUUUAUCCCUCCAUGAACUUGAAUUCCCCUACAGAAGAGGAUUAUUUGGGAAUUUACAGCAUCAUGUUUUGGACGCUAACUUUGAUUGGGGUGAUCAAGUACGUGCUCCUUGCUCUUAAUGCUGAUGAUAAUGGUGAAGGGGGCACAUUUGCUCUAUACUCGCUACUAUGUAGGCACAUCAAUUUUGGCACCCAGCCAUCAAGAACCGCCAGCUCAAGCACAUACAUGUCAUAUUCUAAUAAUUCCUCGAGUUCUAAGUCAAGUAAAUUAGGGAUGUUUAUUCAGAAAAGUAUGACAGCACAAAGGAUAUUGCUUUUCAUUGCAAUGUUGGGGAUGUGCAUGCUUAUUGCUGAUGGCAUACUUACACCUGCUAUCUCAGUUUUAUCGGCAAUUGAUGGAGUUAGAGGACCAUUCCCUUCCGUAAGCAAAUCUGCUGUGGAAUAUAUUUCUGCUGUUGUAUUGCUAGCUCUCUUCCUCUUACAGAAGCGCGGUACUUCCAGAGUGAGCUUUCUUUUUUCUCCAAUCAUGGCUACCUGGACUUUGGCUACACCAAUAGUUGGUGUAUAUAGCUUUUUGCAACACUAUCCAAGCAUAUUUAAAGCUUUAUCACCUCAUUACAUAGUCUACUUUUUUGUAAGAAAUGGAAGAAAAGGUUGGGAAUUGCUGGGAGGAACUGUUUUAUGCAUUACAGGUGCUGAAGCAAUGUUUGCUGAUCUAGGACAUUUUAACAAAAGGUCAAUUCAGAUGGCUUUCCUUCUCACCAUAUAUCCUUCAUUGGUUCUAACAUAUGCUGGGCAAACUGCUUAUCUAAUCAAGCACCUUGAUGAUCACGAUGAUGGGUUUUACAAAUUUGUGCCUCACACAGUCUAUUGGCCUGUCUUUGUAAUUGCAACACUAGCUGCAAUUGUUGCAAGCCAAUCUUUAAUAUCUGCCACCUUUUCUGUCAUCAAGCAAUCAGUAUUCCUGGAUUACUUUCCGCGUGUUAAGGUGGUUCAUACAUCCAAGCAGAAAGAGGGCGAGGUGUACUCUCCUGAAACCAACUACAUCCUCAUGGUCCUCUGCAUAUUGGUUAUAUUUGGUUUUGGUGAUGGGAAAGAUAUUGGGAAUGCAUUUGGUGUUGUUGUUAUAGUUGUCAUGCUUAUCACCACGCUUCUAUUGACCAUAGUUAUGAUCAUCAUCUGGAGAACCCCAAUCUAUUUAGUUAUGCUAUACUUUUUUCCCUUUCUCAUCAUGGAAGGUGUCUAUGUAAGUGCAGUUUUUACUAAGAUUCCACAAGGAGGUUGGUUUCCAUUUCUCGUAUCCAUCAUCCUCGCAUUCAUAAUGUUUGUGUGGUACUAUGGGAGGCAGAGAAAGAUGGAAUAUGAGGUGAGAAACGAGAUAUCAUUUGCUAGCUUUAAUGAGCUCCUUUCAUCCCUCGAGAUCCAAAGGGCCCCAGGAUUGUGCUUCUUCUAUGGUAAUGUUCAGGAUAGGCUUACCCCAAUAUUUGGGCACUAUGUGAGAAACAUGAGAUCCUUGCAUAAAGUGACCAUCUUUACCACUUUUAGGUAUUUAUUGGUGCCAAGAGUGAAUCUUAAUGAGAGAAUCAUCGUAAAAAAGUUUGGAAUAGAAGGCAUAUAUGGUUGCAUAAUUCAAUAUGGAUAUGCUGAUUCCCCCAACGUGGAGGAAUAUGAGCAUGUCUCCCAAGUCAUAAAUAAUUUGAAAGAACAUAUCAGGAAUAAUUUUGAUGGACUGUCACCCAGCUCUCUUGAAGUAGAGAUUUCUGAGUUGGAAAAAGCAAAAGAGAUGGGAGUGGUUCAUGUUUGUGGAAAGACGAGGUUUCAUAUUGGUAUUCAGACCAGCUUGUCUGACAAGAUUUUACUUGGUUUUUAUGAAUUUUUGCAUGGCAAUUGUAGAUCUGCAUUGCCUGCUUUCGGAAUUCCUAUGCAGCAAUCUAUGGAAAUUGGGAUGUUUUACAAUACUUAAAUGUCAAUAGAAAGAUUUUGUAAUUCAUGCUCAUAUCAAAAUCCACUUGUCAGCUUCAGCUUGUAUUGCAUGCAUUCAAUGUUGUGUAGUUGGUUGUCCUAGAAGCAAUUUUUUAUAUAAACAAUUUAGAAAUGCAAAUUUCUGACGAACUUUCUACUUUUUUUUA